CAACAAGCUGGAGUUUGUGUUGAGCAGACAGCUAUUUGAAGGAGCAUGUUGACCGGGCAGAGCUGAGCUGAUUCCUUUCACCACCAGUAUGGCUGACUGACAGACUCAAAGGAAACCAGGCCUGCCUCUCAGCUGGAGUCACUCAGAGUUGAGGUGAAAUGGCUCUCCGUAAAACCCCCUCCUCUACCUUUGCAGAGUCUUGGACCAAUGGUGCGGGAUGUAUACGAGUGUCCACAGCACUCAGUGAGUCCUCCUCCAUCCACAGUGAUGCCCUUUAUCAACUGACCAAGGACGUGUACUCAAUAGGAAUGGAACCCAUGUCCUACAGCACGCUGCAGCCUGCAGUUUGUAAGAAGGAAGUCUGCGCUGAGGAAUCACAGACUCUGCUGAAGGUUGUGGGUUCUGUUUCCAGUCCUCAGUGCAGCGGGGAAGGCCUUUGCUUCUCUGAUGGCAGACGGAAAGUUGACUACGUUCUGGUCUUCCAUCAUCGACGGCACGGCUCCGUGCGAUCUUUUGCCAGCAACUCAGUUUCACACGACAGGAUAUCCGUUGUUUCCAAUGGCAACUUUCCAAAUGCAGCGGGCUCCGAUGCAGCUGCAGGAAGACGAGGCAGCAGCCCGGGAAGGGAAGCGCCGAUUGUCGGCGAGGUGUUCGUGGAGCUCGGAGGUGCAGGAGGAAACGUGCUAACGGAGCCUGCUGACCAUGAGAUGGAUCUGAUUAGACAGGAGUUUGAGGCCAGCCUGCAGGAGGCCGGCCUGGAGAUAGAGAGAGACAGAGAGUUGAAGACCCACGGCCAGAGAUUCACCCGUGUCCAUGCCCCCUGGCCCGUACUGUGUCGAGAGGCCGAGUUUCUCAGGAUUAAAGUCCCCACAAAGACGAGUUAUGAUCUUAAAGAGGAAAGUGGUUUCGGGUCCACUAUGAGCACUGUGUGGAGGAAAAUAAACCAGCCUUUCCAGCCCAAAGUCCCACAUCAGGACCAUGAACGCACCAAGUUCCUCACACACUGCUUCUCAAGGGACAAACUCCACCUGUACAACAUCCCAUCUAAAGACACUUUCUUUGACAAUGCCACACGGGGCCGAAUAGUGUAUGAGAUCCUAAGACGGACUGUGUGUGUACGGACCUGUCAAACCAUAGGCAUCAGCACAUUGAUAGCUAAAGGCGUGUAUGACGCUGCCUUCCCUCUUCACGAUGGUGACUAUAAGGUCAUAGGAGAGCCUGAGGAGAGGAACGACAGACAGGUUCUGCACGAUGAGUGGGCCCGAUACUCCGCCUUUUACAAGUACCAGCCCAUUGAUCUGGUCAGGAAGUAUUUCGGGGAGAAGAUCGGUCUUUACUUCGCAUGGCUCGGUGUUUACACUCAACUGCUGAUCCCAGCCUCCAUAGUGGGAAUCAUUGUGUUUGGAUACGGAGUGGCGACGGUGGAUACUAACAUACCAAGUCUGGAGAUGUGUGAUGAGCGUCUCAAUUUCACCAUGUGUCCGCUGUGUGACGGAGCCUGUGACUUCUGGCAUCUCAGCACUGCCUGCGGCACCGCCAGGGCCUCUCACCUCUUCGACAACCCCGCCACGGUCUUCUUUGCCAUCUUCAUGUCUCUUUGGGCGGUGUUAUUCCUGGAGCACUGGAAGCGCCUACAGAUCAGUUUGAGCUUCAGUUGGGAUCUGACCGGGAUCGAGGAUGAUGAGGAACAUCCCAGGCCAAGAUACGAAACAAUUCUCCUUCAGAAGAGACAGAGAAAGGAGAAAAACUUUAAGAAGAAAAAGAACAAGAAAAAGACCGAGCCAGAGAAGCUGGAGGAUGGGGCAGUCACAGGGAAGGACAGAUGGAGACAGAAACUACUGUCUGCCAUGGCUGCAGGAAUACCGGCUGCCAUUGAGAAGCUGACAUGGAAAGAUCGUCUUCCUGGAUACUUCAUCAAUGUUUCCUCUAUCCUCUUUAUGUUCGGCUUGACGUUCUCAGCAGUUUUCGGCGUCAUCAUCUACCGCAUCACAGUGUCCGCCCUGAUGGCCAUGAGCCCCGACCCGGAGACCAAGUCCAAUGUUCGGGUGACGGUGACGGCCACUGCGGUCAUCAUCAACCUGGUGGUCAUUCUGAUCCUGGAUGAGAUCUACGGCGCCGUGGCCUUGUGGCUGACUGAGCUUGAGAUUCCCAAAACAGAAACCCACUUUGAGGAGCGUCUCAUCCUGAAGGCCUUCUUGCUGAAGUUCAUGAACGCAUACGCACCUAUCUUCUAUGUGGCUUUCUUCAAGGGGCGGUUUGCUGGUCGUCCUGGUAAUUACGUGUACGUCUUUAAUGAUUAUCGGAUGGAAGAGUGUGCGCCUGGAGGCUGCCUCAUCGAGCUGUGCAUCCAGCUCAGCAUCAUCAUGCUGGGGAAGCAACUUAUCCAGAACAACAUCUUUGAGAUUGGCAUCCCGAAGUUGAAGAAGCUGGUGCGUGCAAUAAAGGAUAAAGGAUCAGCUGAGAAGAAGAUGGAGGAGGAGAGGCCUCCACAGCAGUGGAACCUGGACUACGCCCUCGCUCCCUUUGAAGGCCUCACACCAGAAUACAUGGAGAUGAUCAUCCAGUUUGGUUUCGUCUCUUUGUUCGUGGCUUCAUUCCCUCUUGCUCCGCUCUUUGCUCUGCUGAACAACGUCAUUGAGAUCCGACUGGAUGCCAAGAAGUUUGUUACAGAGCUACGCAGGCCAGUUGCCGUACGUGCUAAAGACAUUGGCAUUUGGUACAACAUACUGAGUGGAAUGGGUAAAUUCUCUGUCAUUAUAAAUGCCUUUGUGAUCUCUUUCACGUCAGACUUCAUCCCUCGGCUCGUUUACCAGUACACGUUCAGUGAGACCGGCACAAUGCACGGCUUCAUUGACCACACGCUCUCCUACUUCAACGUGUCAAAUUUUAAACAUGGCACGGCACCGCAGAACUUAGAGCAAGGAGACAUCACCGUCUGCCGGUACAAAGACUACAGGGAACCCCCCUGGUCUCCAGACGCGUACACCUUCUCCAAACAGUACUGGUGUGUCCUGGCUGCAAGACUGGCUUUUGUCAUAUUGUUCCAGAAUCUGGUGAUGUUCCUCAGCCUCGUGGUGGCCUGGGGGAUCCCAGACGUUCCCAAAACUAUCGUGGAGCAAUUCAAACGGGAGAAGAAGCUCCUGGUCGAUGUUUUCCUGCGGGAGGAAAAGGAGAAAUUCCAGCUCAUCCAGAGCCUCUUCUCCAAGGAUGCCACCCUCCACCCGAGCACCAACCCUGGCCAGGUCUUGCCCCUCCCGGGCCGCUACAGUACUCUCCCCCCAGGACCGACACAGGGCUCGGCUGGAGACGGAGGAGGGCCGAGGGCGAGGUGCAGGGCCGCCAGCUUCAGCCAGUUCACCAGGAACAUUCCUCCAUCUCCCAGGAAUGAAAAUGAGAAUUCAAGACACACAGCAGUUUGACGAGUAACACACACAUCCGUAGGGGUGCUGCAACUUGGACUGGAUGACAUGUUGCUCAAUGGAUGUCCGUGUCUUUGUCUUUUGAGUCCUGGUGUGUCUGAGACAGUAGUGAUGGGAUUUGAAGUAAUCACAUCCCAUUGGUCUCAGUGUUGUUCCUACCUGACUGUUCAUCUGAUAAGUGAUAUCAUUUUUACGUUUUGGUAAAAAAUAUACAUGAUUUAGCGAGGCACACUUGCUUCAUAGCGUAGAUAAGCAAUAAUGACAGUGAGGCUGAAAAAUCAAAUACUACAUGAGCUGGCAAGGAAGAACUAAUGGACAGAUUCAGGGAUGGACACGGGCUAAUUUUUCUAGGAACUUUCCUGCUUCAUGUGCUUGUGCUCCUUAUGUGUUUCUUUCAACAGAAUUUGUAGCAGCUGCAACAUUCCUCAUUUCCUGUUCUUUUAAAUACAUGGUACUGAAAGCACACACGAGCCUCCCAGGAGAGCAAGUCCUCUUCUGUGUUCCAGUGGAUCUGUCGUCAUAGACUUCAAGAAUCCCUUUGGAUCAUUUUCAAACUUCACUAGGGUUGUUAGUCAGCUGCUGGUCAUUGUUUCUCUACCUACUGCUCUAUGGAUGCCAACGUGGCACCCUGUUGCAUGCCACUCAUAGAUCAUAGACGAUCCAAGAACUAGAUUAUUCUCUGUGAGUACAAAAUAACAAACUGUGAAUGGUGAGAAAUGAUCUGACAGUUUAAUUAAAUACUAUACUCCUGCGGGUAAGUAAUAGAUCUGGGUUUCUAUUGCCCAAAUAGACACGUUGCAUCUCCCAUAAAAUAACUUGCGUGUCAGACUGACACUGAGCCAUCUGUUUGUUCUUAUUAGCAUUUUAACAAAAUUAGCUUUUGCAUGUUAGGUCAAAUUAAUGUUCCAAUCCUCUCAAUGAAAUAUAAGCUAUAACCAUACAGCAGCUAAAGUUUUUCCGUCUUCUGCUAGUGGACAGGAUAGCGUUACUUAUUUUAACAUACACACAUUAAUACAAGACAUUUACCCCGGUUUCUCAACAAGCACACAUCGUGGUAAUUACCUUAGUAACAUAAUGCUUUAAAAACAACAAUGGCAGCCCACAGGCUUAAUUUUCUGUGUGACUGUUGGAAUUAAUGGGAUAUUACAAAGCAUUUUUAGUGCCUACACUAGAUAAAAUGUCGCUUAAUUUACCAGUAAUGACGGUGAAAUGGCAGAAAAAAUAAUGAAUGUGUUAUUUUAAUUUCAACCCUGUAAUUGUUAGAGGUAACUUUCUAUGGUAGUGUUUUUACACUGUUUCUGCUGCUGUGUUUUAUCAUCUUGGUUUUUAGUUUUAAUCCUAUGAUUUCAUAUCUUAUAAAUCUUUAUAACGUGUUGUUUUCGAUAUCUUUUUAUUCGAGCAGCUUUUGACUGAUUUCAUUAAUGUUUCAAUAGUCCUAAUUAAGUCAUUUGUAAAGUGAAGCAAUGAGUCAGGAAAUGGAAUCAUACUUUUGAAUUGACUCUAACACUGCCAUGACAAUCGUUGUGUGGUUUAUGCUUCCACUUCCACCAGACAUAAUAUAGGCUUUGCAUGUUAAGUCAAGCUGAGUCUGAGUGGCCCAACCUCAAUUUUUCUUUUAAAUGAAUGUGUGCCAUCUUGGAACAACACAUCCAGCUCUUAUUUCAAUGUUUAAAUGCCGACAUGCUGUAAAUCUUUAGGACAUUUUCCCUAUAACUUCUUUUGUAUUUCCGAUGCAACACAAAUCGCAACAUGUCUCUGCCCAUUUAGGACUUGUAAUGUAACCAUAAGGACUUAAGGAAGGAAAUGGUGAUUGUUGUGCUGGUUUCUGUUGUAGAUGAAAGAGAAAUGUUUACUCUUACCUGAUCCUAACCCUUACUCGAAGCUCUUAAAUACAUGAUUGUUAUAUGGAUUAUAAAAUAAUUUUACAUGUUG